CAGUUGGAUCAGGACUGUUAAACUCACUGCUUAUACUUUUCAUCUGAGUUUACAUCAGUUUACAUUUUUUUCUUCUUUUUCUUAUAACUGAAUAGUUUAAAAAAAAAAAAAAAAAAAAAAAAAAAAUGAGCUCAGAUGUGUUGGUGUCACGGCCGCACUAUGACAGCCGGGCUGUGGCUCAGGGACUCCCGGAGAAAGACGCUCCUGCGGGUCCGGAGCUCCCGCAGCCGUCCUCGGGCUCAGCCACCGCCGGGUACCGCUCGGCUAAAUACACCACGAACGAAUGGUUCUCCAACUACCGAACUAUACUUGAACAGGCCGGUACCGACCACCACGAGGCCCGGAGCAUCCAGCGAGAGUCCAGAGCUCUGAACCAGGACACCGAGGCGGCCACUUCUAGGACCCAGGCCCAGGGGACGCGUCUGCUGGGGGAGAGGCUGCAGGAGAUCCACUACUGGAGGUCCGAGCUGCAGCGGCACAUCGAGCAGCUGCUGGCCGACACCGAGGCCCUGCUGGCGCUGAAGACGCGGCUGGAGAAGGCGCUGGACGCUACCGAGACUCCGUUUGCCAUCGCCACCGAUAAUCUGACCUGCAGGACCAGAAGACUGGGACCAGACCUGGUCCGAGACUCUGUGGAGGAGGAGCUGCUGAAGGAAGUGGACUUGAUCAGGAGCAUUCAGGCUCUUCUAAAGAGAACCACAGCUCAGGUUGUCAGUCAGAUCAAGAUGAACAGAGACGCCAAGCAGACGUUAGAGCUGGACUGGUCUGAUAAGUACCAGGCCUACAACUUUGAUGAAAAUGGUGGAAGACACAGCAACAUGAGUCCAGAUACUCAGCACCACCCCAGCUCAGCCACCAUGCAGGAGCAGGUGUGCAACCACUCAUCGUGGACAAAGUUCACACAGGACAACCUAUCGAAGGCCAUGCAGGAGGAACAGGCCACCAGCAGCCUCAGAGUGCUGGUGGAGCGAAUGCUGCAGGACACCACUGAGGAUCUGAGAGUACAAUGCUCCACCGUGGACCGAGCCUUCAGCCAGCGCUGUGCGGAGCUUAUUGAGGCGAAAACCCAGCUGGAGAUUAACCUUGUCGAGAUCUUGGAGCAAAUCGGGGCCCAGGAGAAGAACAUUGUGGCCCUGCAGCAAGCCAUCCACAACAAAGAGGCUCCACUGAGAGUAGCUCAGUCCAGGCUUUACCUGCGCUCGCUCAGACCCAACAUGGAGCUUUGCAGGGAUGAACCCCAGUUCAGUCUGGAAGGAGAGGUGAGGCAGAUUGAUGCCAGUGUGGCGUCUCUGCAGCAGCAGCUGAGCGAAGCCAGAGGCUCCUUGUCCCACCUGGAGGCGUCACGCAUGGCACUCGAGAAGGACAUAAACUGUAAAACCCACUCACUGUUCAUCGAGAGAGAAAAGUGCAUGACUCACCGUAACCGCUAUCCCACUAUCUCAGUGCUCUCAGGAUACUGAAGACAACGAGUGUUUCUGGAAUCUGUGCUGUUGUUGCUAUUUUUGAAAAUUUUGGUUUGCUUUGGCUCUUUGUUGCAGAGGGCAUAGUAGAGAUAGUAGAGAGCAUCUGAAUUGUAUUUCGAUUCAUUUUCAUAUCCAUGUUUCUGUAACCCACAUAAAAAAGGGAUUAACUGUGUGUUCAGCUGUUUCUGAGCUGUACACACUAUAUAUGCCACUUUUGGAUUCAUUUCUUUAUUCUUUGUUCAGACUGUAAGAGGAUCAGAUUACAGUUCUACGUGAAUAUUUGAAGGUUAACAAUAAACUGAGAAAAUACGAACAAUCACGA